AUAGAGUCUGAAUCAGUCCAGUGCAUCGAAACACAAUGCGUCGUAGACUCACGUUUUUUUGAGGUUAUGCCAUGAUACAAGAAGGUUAAAUCGUGUUUAGAAAACGAAAAAAUUUGUGUCAAUGUAAAUAGCAUUUGGCACAAAUACAAAAUCAUCGAGUCAUGGCCGAUAAUGCAGUUACUCCAAAUGUAUCAACGUACGAUUAUCAUAUGGUAAAUGCUGAGAAUGCUCAGAACACUUCGCGAGAAAGGCAAAUAAAAGGAACGAUGCUUUCGGAUCUUAGAUUAAUUAGCAGAAGCGAAUGGAUCACAGUCUGCGUGUUAUGUUUUAUUAAUCUUAUAAAUUAUAUGGAUCGUUUUACUGUUGCUGGAAUGUUAACAGACAUUAGAAAAGAUUUUAAUCUUCGCAACGAUGAGUCUGGAAUGCUUCAAACUGCAUUUAUUCUAAGUUACAUGGUGUUUGCCCCAUUUUUUGGAUAUUUAGGAGAUCGUUAUAAUAGGAAAGUUAUAAUGGGUGGCGGUAUAUUUCUUUGGUGUUUAACAACUUAUGUUGGUUCCUAUAUGAAGACCUUCGUGCCGUUUCUCUUGUUCAGGGCUCUUGUUGGUAUAGGCGAAGCCAGUUAUUCCACUAUUGCUCCAACUAUAAUAAGUGACUUGUUUAUUAAAGAUCUGCGGUCUAAAAUGCUUGCAUUAUUUUAUUUUGCAAUACCAGUUGGAAGCGGUUUGGGAUACAUAGUAGGAGGUGAAACAGCAAGAGCUACCGGUGCAUGGCAGUGGGGUUUGCGCAUCACACCUAUGUUAGGUCUAAUAGCAAUAAUUUUAUUACUUACUUUAGUAAAAGACCCUAUCAGAGGUGAAAGGGAAGGCGGAGUUCAUUUGACAAGCACUACGUGGUCAAAUGAUAUCAAGGCAUUAUUAAGAAAUCCAAGCUUUAUGCUUUCCACCGGCGGAUUCACGUGUGUGGCAUUUGUUAGCGGUGCAUUGGCUUGGUGGGCUCCAACAGUUUUGCAAUUAGGAUUUGCACUACACCCAGAUGGACAUAAUGUUGACCCCGACGAUGUCGCGUACAAAUUUGGAUUGAUAGGAAUGGCGUCUGGUAUAAUAGGAGUGCCAUUAGGUUCCUUCUUAGCCCAGAAACUAAGAGUUCGAUGGCACCAGACUGAUGCUCUAAUAUGUGCUAUGGGGCUUUUGAUCAGUGUACCAUUCUUGUUCUUUGCACUUGUCACUACCAAUAAAAAUUCUGUCUUAUGUUACACGUUAAUAUUCUUUGGACAAUUAUCAUUAAAUUUAAACUGGUCUAUUGUAGCAGAUAUAUUAUUGUAUGUUGUGAUACCAACAAGAAGAUCGACAGCAGAAGCGUUUCAAAUACUUAUUGCACAUGCUUUUGGAGAUGCAGGAAGUCCUUAUCUCAUUGGUUUGUUAUCAGAAGGACUGAAAAAGGUUCUUCUUCCAGACUCGAAUAAACAUGAAGUCACCGAUGAGCUUGUCGAAUUUCGUAGUCUUCAGUACGCCUUGUUUCUGACGAUGAUCGUGGAAGUGAUCGGAAGUCUGUUUUUCUUCUUUACGGCGUUGCACAUACAGAAAGAUAAGGCGUUAGUCGAUCUAACAAUUGCAGACAAGUAUCUAGAUACUAAGAGUAAUGGGCAAGCUGAAUCAACGCAUUUAUAAAUCACAUCACCUUGGGGCCUUCCCUGAUAGUGUGCUGUAUACCCGGUGGAAAUAUUUCAGAUUCAGUUUGUAUAUGUAACGACGAAGUUGAAAAUGAGAUACAAGAGGAUGAGCACAAACCAUGAUUGGAAGCAUCUUAAUUAUUUCGUAAUGAUCGAUUACUGGGGGAAAAAUUGAAGUACUGUGAUGAAUUGCAGCUGACAUCUUGGAAGAAUAUUCUGAUCAAGAGAAUCGUCGAUGUGUCGUCGACACACAGAUAAAGUGUCUUAGGUAGAAGACGUACAUGGAGAAGAGAAGUGUUUAGAAAUUUCGUUAAUUUGUAACCAACCUUUGAGCUCUAACCCUAUUAACAAUGUACAGAAGUAUUAAGCUUGUCGGGGAAUAUAUUUAAUUAGACUAAAGGUAUUUAAUAAGAGCCUGUAUAAUAGUACUUUUGCAUAUUAUAUUUUUAUAGUAGAUUUCGUCUGACAAAAGUAUGUUAUUCUCGUGAGGUCUCAAAUUAAUUCUCGAAUGCGUAAUAAACGAUGAUAUUAAAUUUUUAGUAUUAAACACUUUGGUACUUACGUAUGAAAUUUACAAUUCUCUCUUUUAAUUUUACGAGUUACAUAUAAUUUACAGGCCGUUUAUAUAUAAAAGAAAAAUGAUACAGCUACUUUUUUUUAUUCAAACAUGCAUACUUCAUUUAAGCUUUAAUGCUUCUUCAAACCGGGGCUCAUGUUUGCGUUAUCGUGGACGUCUUUGUUACGCGAAGAUGGUCCAAACGAGAUAAAUCGAAAACGCGUUCGUUAAUAAUACAUGUCACUGAAGCAAGCCAAUGCUAUGAUAGAUUUCCUGAAAAUGUUGUCUUGCUUUUGUUUAAUGCUUGAAAGUCGUUUACGAUAGCUUGUCUUGGCUGCAUUUUCAGCGUCGUGUAGUUUUUAUUAGGUUGCGUAAUAAGUUCGGUCACAUCGAUCGGUGGUACUUUAAUACUUUAUUGUAAACUUUUAUCGUUUGCAAAAUGGCGUUUAUAUGAUUGAUCAAGCUAAGUUCCAUAUGAAAUUGACAAUAUUUAAUAAUCUUAUAAAGAGACGUGAUCGAACUUAUUAAAACACUGUGUGGGGAAAGAAUGAUUUAAAAAGGAAAUAGACGCCCCUAUGCUAGAGAGCAUAGCUCUAAGCUGAUACAGUUAACUUUAUUUGUAGAAAAAUCUGAAAUCAUUUUAAAAGAAAAGUAACAAUGAUAAAAUUAUUUCAAUAUUUACACGACUAUUAUGUACAACAAAAAUCAGAAUGUUAUUACUUUAUAAUGAAUCAAUAUUUAUUUAUCGUUUAGGUAUAGGACUAUUGUUAUAUGAUAUAAAGUAAAUGAAAUUUUUUCUUACGAAUUGUUUCAAUAAAUUGUAUAUUUAUGAGUA